GCGUUCACUCAGCUCUCGGGUGCGCCCUGGCGGUGACAGCGAGCGCUUCCCGUUACACGUCCAUGGCUCAGCCUCCCAAACGCCAGUCCCCCCCGUACUCUGGAGAAUCCGCAGUAACUAGCUUCCUACUUCGGUCUAGCUGAGAAGACGCCACGGGAACACGAUGAGCAGCGAGAAAUACCCCAGGUCUUCUAUCGAAGACGACUUUAACUACGGCACAAAUGUCGCCACAGCCAGUAUCCAGAUACGGAUGGACUUCCUAAGGAAGGUGUACAGCCUCCUGAGCUUGCAGAUCCUUCUGACCACAGCCACCUCCGCGCUCUUCAUGUUCUCCCAGACCAUCAAGGACUUUGUCCACGCCAGUCCUGCCGUGGUUUUGGUUUCCGCACUGGGUUCUCUGGUUCUUCUGCUGGCCCUGGCCGUGUACAGGCACCGGCAUCCAGUCAACCUCUACCUGCUGCUUGUAUUUACUCUGCUGGAGGCAGUCUCUGUGGCCACAGCUUUGACUUUCUAUGAAUACUCCACUGUACUGCAAGCCUUGUUCCUGACCUGCACCGUGUUUGCUGGGCUGACAGCCUACACCUUCCAGUCCAAGAGAGACUUCAGCAGGAUGGGAGUAGGUCUGUUCGCCUGCCUGUGGAUCCUCAUCAUUGCGAGCUUCAUGAGGUUCUUCUUCAACAGCGACAGCACAGAGCUGGUCCUGGCUGGAGCCGGGGCUCUGGUCUUCUGUGGCUUCAUCAUCUAUGACACCCACCUGCUGAUGAAGCAGCUCUCCCCUGAGGAGCACAUCCUGGCCUCCAUCAACCUCUACCUGGACAUCGUCAACCUCUUCCUGCACAUCCUGCGUCUCCUGGACUCUAUGAAGAAGCACUGAAAGCUGCCGCGCCACAUCAAACUGCUUCACUCGGCCCCGGCGGCUUAUUGUCGAUCCUAGCAGCCCCUCUGGAAACCCACAGAAAUACCUGUUCUGUGAUCACACUGUGUUCAUGUCAGUCAUCAAAAGCGAGAUUUUAGAGACCAGUCUUCGUAACUAAAAUGAAAAAAUCCUCUCUGUGCUUGGUGAACUCGUUCCAGCUAGUUGCGUCACAUGCUUCUUCGUCAUUCACCCAACGACUUCCUGUAGCUGAUUGUGCUUGUGCAUUAGGUCGAGGAGAUCUGCCGUAGGUCGGUGAGGCUGUUUGUUCUGAAACCAGGAUGUACUCCUCGUGUCACGAGACAGCUCAGUGACUUAAUCGACCGCUGAUUUGAUGUAGAGCCCACCAGCACCCCCCAUUGGCCAAACGGCUGCUCACAUUGUUGCUUGGGUGCAAGGAAAACCUUUCCCUUUUCAAAGUAGAUUUUUCAGAACAGCAGCAGCUCAGAGGGGUUUAGGGCUUUGAAGUGCAUGCCUGGGUUAAUUAAUAUCUGUGAUUCUACACAUUUUUAUGGUGUAAAUGUAAAUGUAAAUGUUAAGUGCUGUAAUUAUUAAAGAGUUGAUUCUGAAGGCUUUUAAUAAA